AUGGAACAUUUCAAUAUUACAUUAAAUGAUUUACCUGAUGAAAUUCUUCUCAUUAUUUUGAAGAACUUGAAAAGUUUUGAUAUCUAUUAUUCUUUACAAGGUGUUAAUAAACGACUAAAUCAAAUUAUUCAAGAAGAAAUUUUUAUAAAACAUUUAAGUUUUAUUAAACGAUCUUCAAAUAAGUUUAUUGAUCGACUUUCUGAUAAAACAAUACUUCAUCGAUUUUGUUCACAAAUUUUACCUUCAAUUCAUGAGAAAAUUCGAUAUUUACAACUUGGAUCAACAUCAAUGAAAACUAUUCUACAUACUUUUGAUUAUCCUAAUUUAGAUUCUCUUGCAUUAUUUAAUGUUGAUGAAAAAUCAUUUCGAAGUCUUUGUAAAAGUAAAAUCCUUUCAAAUGGAUUAUUCAAAAAUCAAAUUAAAUUCCUUAGUCUUUCAUGUUAUCGAGAUGAAGCUUUGAUUGAUAUGAUACCAUCAAUGACAAAGAUAUUCCAACGUAUUUUUCCUCUUUUUACGAAACUAAGUUAUUUAUUAUUAGAUGAUCGAUAUUAG